AUGCGGUAUUAUUCUAUAAUUUACAAUACAUUAUUCUUGGUAGCUUCUGUGAUUAUAAUCUUGAGAGUUUCUCAGGUGGAAUCAACUUGUAAUAAAUCUUCGCUAAAAAAAAAGAAAGACACAUCAAAAUCCGAAAACUUAUUACCAGAGGUACCCUUGGCUCUUCAGGAAUUAUCAGAUUCGACUAUUGCCACCGACUUCAAUCCCUCAAUGGAAACCAGCGAAGAACUUACAGUGCAUUUUUCUCCUUCAACCAAAAAUUCUCUUUGCGAUGCCAGAUCAAUUUCCAUCCCAAACGGAGCUAGUUCAUUAUUUAAUGUGAGACACUUUUUCACAUAUCAAUGGAUGCGAACUCUUUGCUUGGCUAACGACAGAACACCUAAUUCCAGCUUUUCAAAUACCAAUUGCGAUUCUUUUUGGAUCUGGAGGUGUAUUAUCAAUUCUUCCAUAGUACUAUUCCUAGGAUUUAUAUACUAUAAACUUUUUUUGUAA